AUUAUUGAAUUUACAUGUAGGGAGAACAAUAUGAUCAUCUUCUACAUUUACUGCAAGAUAAACUACAGAAGCAAGAAACACGUUUUAGGAAAUCAAUUUCAGCGUCUGAGAGACUUGCCAUCUGUUUAAGAUUUCUAGCAUCUGGAACUAAUUAUACAGACCUGGCAUACACUUUCCGUGUUUCUAAAUCUUCAGUUUCACAUAUUAUUCGAGAGACCUGUGAUGUCAUAUGGCAAGUCUUACAGCCACUGGUUAUGGCUAUACCAGCAUCAUCAGAUGAAUGGGCUGUAAUAGCAGAAGGUUUUGAAUAUAAAUGGAAUUUUCCCAACUGUGUUGGUGCAAUCGAUGGUAAGCAUAUCAGAAUACAAGCUCCACCGUCAGCUGAAUCAACAUAUUAUAAUUAUAAGGGCUAUAACAGCAUAGUCCUAAUGGCAGUGGCAGAUGCUAGUUACACUUUCCUUUAUGUUGAUUCAGGCAACUAUGGACGCAUCAGUGAUGGUGGAAUUUUCAGUAACUGUUCACUAGGUAAAGCUUUGGUUAGUGAAACUUUGUUUUCAUUGCCAAAUCCAACACCAUUAUUAAAUAGUGAUCGAGUUUUGCCUUUUGUAUUUGUUGGAGAUGAGGCUUUUCCACUCAGGAAAAAUAUUUUACGCCCUUAUCCUGGCAAAUUUCUGUCGAAUGAAAGAAAAAUUUUUUAA